AUGGAUGUACUGGAGCGGACGGAAAUUCUCAGCAUCUACGCCACGCUGAGACAGUUGCAACUGUGGUGGGGCGGCCACCUCGCGCGGAUGGAAUACGAGCGACUACCCAAACUACACACUAUGAAGAUGUCGCACCGGGUUCCCGCCGACAAGGAGGCCAAGUCCGUCCCUGCAAGGACACUCACUGCAAGGACUCACCGCAUGGGUCUAUUCGGUCAUAUGCGUAUCCAUGAGAACGGAAUUGACCGCAAUCUCGACACACCUAGCACCUCCUGCACAUCCACUAUGCCUAGCUCAACCCACACCCCGCCGCCUAGCGCACACACCAUCAGAAGCUACAUCACCACCGUCGCCGCCAUCACUGAAACCGACACUGGCACCGCCGACUUUUCCUGUCCACACUGUCCUCAUACAUUCACCUUACACAACGGCCUGGUCGGUCACUUGUGA